AAUCCCUACUAAAUUGUAUAAAAGGAUUACUGAACUAAAAUCCAGUUCACCUCAAUCUGCCUUAGACAUUAUUAAAUCCUUAGAAGUUUGUGAAAGGAUUGAAUUUGUAUUGAAAUGACUAUAACGGUGAUUAGGAUUUCCAAAAUAUUAUUUUUGGUCUUCCUCACGAUUUCUUCAUCAUCAGCGCAACGUUGUAUAUUUCCAGGGAGAUAUCGUGAUUAUACAGAUGCAACAGGAAGACUUUAUUACGCAUGUAAUGCGUUUGAUGGCACUCCAGUAUAUUUCAGAUGUCCUAAAAAUGAAAUUUUCAAUGACUUAACCCAAGUUUGUGAGGCAAAAGCCUCUCCAUCUGCUCUGAUAUGCUCUUGGAUUCAGAUUGUUUUAGGUAAAACACCCGACCCUGAUGGAGAUGGAACUACUUAUAUCGACUGCACUCAACCUUCUUUGGGUCCUAGGAUCGUUCUAUGCGUUAAAGGUUUGUUCUCCCCUAUUCUUCUUUGUUGCUAUGAUGGAAGUACUUGUUAUUAUUAAGAAUUAAAAUAUUUUGUUGUCGAGCAUAUGAAAAUGAUUUAUUAUUUUCUCUUUCGUUAUUAUUAUUCAUUAUAGUAAUUAGUAUAUUGA